AAACUCGUAAGAUGAGAGAAGAGAUCCAGCGUCGUCGUCAAGAGGCUGAGGCUAAACGUAACAAGGCGGAGGAAGAGAAUCAGACGAUGUACUCCAUUCCAAAGUACAACAUAGCUGAAAACAUCGCUAGAGCUAAGCAAGAGAAGAUGCAGACUUCCGCCGAGAUGAUGGCUGAGAGGGAGAAGAGGGUGGAGGAGAACAUUCCUCAGAUACGCAUCAGCGCCCAUGACUCUGAAGAGCGCCUCCGUGAGAUUGCAGAGAUCCUCCACGCCAAGCUGGUGGAGGUGUACAGCGAUAUGUAUGACCUUGAGCAGAGGAAGGAAAGGCAGGAGUAUGAUCUUAAUGAGAUGAAUGCUCGCAUCAAAGAUCUGGCCAAACACAAGACUGUCAAGGUUACCCCUGUUGAUCAAGGGCAUGUCAGCAUGCUGAAGGAAAAGGGAUUCACAUUUGACGACAAGGCUGCCAAACAGAAGCAGAAUGUAGAUCUCAAGGCAAGCCUGCCCUCUACUGGUCACAUUGCAGACAGGCUUCAAAAGCUUCAGAACAACCUCAAGAAGGAUGCGGAGACCCCAGACAAGAAUCUAAAAAAGGAGCCGAUCAAGAUAACAUACAGCACUCCAGAUCAACUGAAAGAGGACCUAGAGGCUAAUAAGAGAGAUGCUGAGAAAUUCAAACAACAGAGGGAGGAGAAUCGUAAGAAGAGGGAGGUGGAGAUGAGUAAGAUGGAGCAACUCCAGGAGGAGAGACAGAAGAAAGCUGAAGAGGAGCGUAAGAAGCAGGCGGAGGAAAGAGAACGACUGAAGAGAGAGAAGGAGGAGAAGGAGAAGGCUAGAAGGAACAUGAUAAACCCUUCUGGAGCCCCCAUCAACAUCUCUAAAGUUGUAUCACAGCAGAAGGCUAAGAAUCGUGAACAAACCCUCGCUGACCGGGUCCCAACGAUGACCAUCUCAAGCACGACCACGGAAGCUGAGUUGCGUAACUUUGCCAACGACCUCUAUAACCAGCUCAAGACUACCUUGGGUGAUGUCUUUGAUCUCGAUGAACAGAAGAAGAAGAAUGAGUACUAUCUAAAUGAACUAGAUGAACGGGUUGGAGUCUUGAAGAGUACCAAGUCUUCUCCAGCAGUAAGCUCUGGGAUUGUGAGCAAGAUGAAAGAUGGAGGUUCUUGGACACCUAAGAAACAGAAUGACGUGGGCAAAUCUUUCAAGCCUAAGGAGCGAGGUGGCAUAGCCUCAGAGGGUGGGGUACGAGGGCGCUUGGCCAUGUUUUCUGGGGGAGGAGACUCUACAGACUCCCCACCAAAGAAGUCAACUCCUGCUAAGGUCAACAUUUACAAGUAAAGUGGGCGACACCUGAUGGAACUGGAAUCUGAACGGAGAUGACCAAACUAUCUAACUUUGUCAUACAUGAUAUACAUUAGCUUUAAGAUUAUAUUUAUUCUUUGUAGUAAUCUGUGUCAUACAAACUUGUGAUUGAUUGAAACACUACACGUAUAAGGGGGUUUUAACGACAAGGAUUUGUUUUAGAGUGUCUAAUCGAAUGUAAUCUGUGUCAUACAAACUUGUGAUUGAUUGAAACACUACACGUUUAAGGACAAUGAUGAUUUAAUGUAGAGUGUCUAAUCAGUAGCUUGCUGUUUUUUAUUUACACAACGUUCUUUGGUAUUGUCUAUUGUUUUAGCUUGAUCCAAGAUCUUUGCAAAUUUAUAUGCACAUUCUUGUAUGUGAAUCUUGUAGCAUCUGCAUGUAUGCUCUUUAUACUGUUCUGAAACUCUGCUAUUUGAAAGUACGCGUACAACCUACCUAUAUUCUAUAUUAUUCUUUGAAUAUAUCAUUUGCUGUUACAAUUGCGUAUUGAUAUUCUUUUGGUUUAAUAAGUGAAUAUUAUAGUACAAUUCCAGGCCAAGCUAUUUUGUCCCAUAUGUCACCAACCUUAUCUAAGAUUUUAGUAUAUAUCGAUGGGUCAGUGACACAAAGACGCAACUCUAUUUUGAGAAAAAGUGGCUUAUGUGUCACUGAGCACUUGGGCCUUAAGGAGUUAAGUCUAUGUUUCACUAGCCAUUGUCUUCAAUAGAGUGUUGGGUGGAGUUUACGUCUUUGUGUUUCCUGGAAAGCCCACAUUUUUCUGAACAUUUCGACAUCAAAUACUCAUUUUGGUAAAAUAUGGAAUUAUGUCUUUGUGUCACUGAACCCUCAAUAUGUUGACUGUAUCAAGCUGAUAACCCUGCUUGUGCUUGAAUCGAACAAAACAGUAAAUGAAGUGAUAUUUUCAUUUAUGGUCACAAUUCUAUUAUACAAUUCAAUAAUUCUUAUGGGACAUAUACACUUGUAUGUACCCCUUAGUAAACGCUGUACGUGUAGCAUUAUUACUUCUUUAUUACAUUGCAAAACAGGUAUAUGUAGUAUCCGAGUGAGGUAUUUCCCAUAAGAAAGCAUAGCACAAAACGACAAUAGAACAUGUUUUGCCUUUCUGCCUACAUGUACAUGUAAAGGGGAGUAAGCGAUUUUGGUUCCUGAAAACUGUGAAAGUACUCUGGUAAAAACAGUAAAAUACCUUUAUAUGUCACUGUGAGAAACUCACACUUACACAACACCAAACCCUAAAGAAAGAGCUUCUGUGAACAGACAAGUAUUUGUGUACUCUUGUAUGUAUGAUUAAUUUCAGUUACAUGUAUUUAUUUUUUUUUUGGUUCGGCAGAGCGCAAUCCGUGCAUAGACAGCAUAAGUUUAAAGAGUUUUCUAACAUCAUCUGUGAAAGGUGUAUAUGCAGCACAGUUGCUAAACUGAUGACUCUACAUACGCAUGUCAUUUCCAUAUGAACCGUAACUAUACUGUUUAUUGGAAAACAUGUAUAUCUGGAGUAAUUUCCAGAUAUCACAUCUAUAUUGUGACCAUUGUAAACAAUAAUCAAAAUGUUUUUGAGUAAAUUAGAUUUAUGUUAGUCUUUGAUUAAAAAUGAUGCAAAACCCAAA